GCACUGAACCCACUUGGAACUUAACAACUGGACUUGAAAUUGCAUCAAAGCAGAGGCGGAACCACGGGAUCCCACUCCGGUCAUCGGAACAUGACGACUGACGAAUUCACCAAAAGAACAAAACCAACUACCUGCUAAAACCACAGAAAUACCAUGCACAAAUACUGAUACGCUGAGAACCCCAAAAUGAAGAUUUUACUUAAGAUGAUCGGAAGACGAAAACCGGAGAACAAAAGGUGACGUGAUCGAUGGCUACCAAAAAAACCCGUGUUUCAAAAAGAACAAUAAACGAGCGACCCUCUGAAGUCUGAACCAUCACCCCCAGACAACAAUACUCCCUUCAAUCAUACUUGUUGACAAGAGUUGACUUGGAGAUAUGGCAAACAUAGAUCUGGAGAUGUUCAUGGAGAAGUUGAGGAGGUUACUUUACGAGAAUGACAAUGAUACAUGGAUCAGAAACAUUAAUCCUUACAUCGAAGCAAAAAAGCCUGAAAUCCAGUUGCUAUAUGAGGAGCUUGCCUACCUCAUUGGAUCAUCCUGUUUUAAAGAACAACUACAUGAUUUGGGAAACUGGAAGACACGACUUAUCCAAGCAGCACAGGAGGCAGAAGAUAUGGUUGAUAUGUUCGUAUCUUCUGCUAUCAUCAAGACCAAUUAUAGAGGGUUAUAUCAAGCGUCCAUGUCCACACACCGCAGCCUGGGUUUUCGAAAAAAGAAAUUACUCGAUUGCUCUCUUAAGGACCUUAAGGGUGUUAUGGACCACCUAAAGUCUAUCAGAGAAGAGAUCACGAGUAAUAAGAAUCUAGUUAAGCAAGACAUGAUGAUGGACACCGGGUUUGAAGCUACUGGAACAACAGUGAAUCUUAGUGCAACCGAACAUGAAGAAUACAUUGUAGGCUUUGAUGAUGAUGUACUAUUGAUAAUAGACAGGCUUACCGGAUACCGCAAGAAGCUAGACAUAAUUUCGAUUGUGGGUAUGGGCGGACUGGGUAAGACUACCCUGGCUACCAAAAUAUUCGGUGAUUCUCUUGUAGAGUAUUAUUUCGAUAUGCGCGGGUGGAUUACUGUUUCUCAAGAGUAUUCCAAGAGAGAUUUGUUAGUACAACUAUUGGUGUCAAUAGGCAGAUCGGUUCAUGAGACAGCGAGUGAAUCAAAACUUUAUGAAAUGGUGUACCAGAGUCUAAAGGGAAGGAGAUAUUUGAUUGUUAUUGAUGAUGUCUGGAGUUGUAAGGCAUGGGAUGAUGUGCGGCUAUGUUUUCCUGAUGACAAUAUCGGUAGCAGAGUUCUUGUGACCACGCGGCUUGCAGAAGUUGCUGGGCAUGCAAGCCGGGGCGGUUUCACUCACAACCUAGGACUUUUAACCGAAGAACAAAGUUGGGAGCUGCUGUGUAGGAAGACUUUCAGGGGACAUGAGUGCCCUGAAAGUUUGACUGAGACAGGGAAGCAUAUAGCUACGAAGUGUGGAGGAUUACCGCUUGCUUUAGUUGUCAUAGCAGGACUUCUAGAGAAAGGAGAGAGACGGAAAGAUUUGUGGGAGAAAAUUGCCGAACGUGUGGGUUCAUACGUUAUUAAUGACCCUAAAGGAUGCUUGGAUACGCUAGCUUUGAGUUAUGACCAUCUACCUCUUCACUUGAAGAAAUGUUUUCUCUAUGUAGGCAUCUUUCCAGAAGACUAUAUAAUCCAAGUGCAGACGUUGAUCAGGCUCUGGAUGGCUGAAGGGUUUAUAAAAGAAGCAGGCCAAAGAAGCUUGGAGGAAGAAGGUGAGUAUCACCUGAUGGAUCUAAUUGACAGAAAUCUGUUAAUUGUUGCUGAUAAAAGGUCUAAUGGAGGAAUUAAAUCAUGUCGCCUGCAUGAUCUUUUGAGAGAACUAUGCUUAAAAAAAGCCGAUGAAGAAACUUUCUUCCAGAAAGUUAGUAGGGAGCAACGGCGUCUACUUUUCACCUCAAACAGAAACCUUGACUCUGAUUCUGUUUCCAGCAUAGUGAAGCAAAGGCGUCUAUCCGCUGCCCCUGAUGUUUUAUGUAACAUCUAUUUGCAUGGUUUUACCACGUACACAAGGUCUGUUUUGUGCUUUGAUUACGGUGGAUUUUCAGAAUAUAGAACUACAAAUUGGGUUCCAUCCUUUUUGCUUCUUAGAGUGUUGGAUUUACUAAAUAUUCCACUCGUUGAUUCCAGCGACAUAAGAAUGCUAGUUCAUCUAAGGUACUUAGCAGUUUGGUCACGCAAAGAAUCCUUAUCAUUAAAGUUCGAUUUACGGAGCCUUCAAACUUUCAUUGCUAAAGGCAAGUUCCAAUGGCCCAUAUUGUCAUUUGGUAAUAUGGUAAUGGCCCAUAUUGUCAUUUGGUAAUAUGGUGAAUCUAAGGCACUUGCGGUGUGACAGAAUCAACAUCCCAAUUGGUUUCAGUAACCCUUCAUUGCUCAACUUGCAAACGGUUUCCAGACUAAGAUUAGGUCAUUGGGCUGAACUUUUGCUGCAUUCUUUUCGUAAUAUCAAGAAGCUUGGGUGUUCUAUUUCUUCAUCGUCAACCAAUCAUGGAUUACUUAGCUUUACGUUGCUAACUCGUCUUGAAGCUUUGAACAUAGACAAGUACACGUACGAUUCAUUAACUUUAACGAACCCAAUAAGGUUCCCAGAAACAUUGAGAAAGCUGACCUUAAAGGGGUUAUGUCUUCCUUGGAAUUAUAUGUCAACAAUUCGACAAUUACCCAAACUUGAGGUUCUCAAAUUACUAGACUCAUCGUUCAAAGGACACAUGUGGGAGUCUGGCGAUGAGCAGUUUCACCAGUUGAAGUUUUUGAAAUUAGUGAAGCUGGAUCUCCGUGUCUGGGAAGCUUCUAGCAUCAACUUCCCACACCUCAGGAAACUAGUAGUGAUAAGUUGUGAAGAUCUAAUGGAAAUUCCGCUAGACCUUGGAAGGAUCUACACCCUCGAGCAUAUUGAGAUAGAUUAUUCCAACCCUCGUGUACUUGAGUCUGUAAAAAGAAUUCAAGAAGCGCAGCGUGAGAUUGAGAACUAUGAUAUCCAUGUCAACUUCACUCACGCGGAUCCAAGCGAAGCCUUCUUUCAGGAAGAUCCUUUCUUUGACUAACUCCAUCAUCCUGGAUAUUCCGAGCUCUGGUAACUUGUAUAUUGUGUGAAUGCCAAGUUUGUUGUACAACAUCAUUAUGGAUGUGAGAAUUGGAUCAUUGCUUAUAUGUCCUCCUAAAUAGUGAAUAAUGGACUGAGAUGUAAGAGGAAUAGUUAAUAUCUGACUUUUGUUAUGUAUUGUAAAGUUACUCGUAUCUGACUUCUACAACACAGAACGCUAUAUUUUUCUUGUUA